AUGUUUGACAGCUCGCAGUAUCCCUACAACUGCUUCAACUACGACGCCGACGACUUCCCGGCCGGCAGCUCCGACGAGGAGAAGCGCCUCACGCGGCCCGCGUACAGCUACAUCGCGCUGAUCGCCAUGGCCAUCCAGCAGAGCCCCGAGGGCCGCGUGACCCUGGCGGGCAUCUACGACUUCAUCAUGCGCGAGUUCCCCUACUACCGCGCCAACCAGCGCGCCUGGCAGAACUCCAUCCGCCACAACCUGUCGCUCAACAGCUGCUUCCUCAAGGUGCCCCGGGCCGAGGGCCGCGAGAAGGGCAAGGGGAGCUACUGGACCUUCGCCAGCGGCUGCGAGUCGCUGCUGGACCUCUUCGAGAACGGGAACUACCGGCGCCGGCGCCGACGGCGCGGCCCCCAGCGGGGCUCGCGGGACGCGGGGGCUCCAGGCGCCGGGCCCGCGGGGCGAUCCUGCGGUCCGCCCGAGCCGGCUGGCGCCCCUGAGUCCCCGGGCCCCAGCCGCCAGCCUGCGCUCCCGACCCCCGCCAGCCCCACCGCACUGGGGGAGGCGGAGCCCCGGGCCAUCAAGUUUAGCAUCGACUACAUCCUCUCCUCCCGCGGGCCGGGGUCGCCCCAUCCGGAGCAGGAGAGCAAACACUCUCGGCUGGGGGCCCAGGAAAUGAGCUUCCAGCUUUGGACAAUGUGA